AGCGGAAGUGGUCCGGUUGCGGCUUUCUCGGAAGAUGGCGGCGGCCGCGCCGGGUCCGGUGGACGAGCUUGUCUCGUCGGUCACUCUGUACCGGCGGCGGCCGCGGCUCCUCCACGGCACCGUGUUGCCCUUCGUGGCGGGGCUCUACCCGGCGUGGCUGUGGCUGUGGGGCCCGCGCGUGUGGGCGGCGUGGGGAGAAGCGGCGGAGGAGGAGGAAGGGCCGGCAGCGGGCCCGCGCCCCGCGCUCCCCGAGGCCGCGCUGCUGGCGCUCGCCGCGAUCGGCGUCGUUCAUCUGCUCACGGCGCUCUCGGGGCUGUGGUCGGUGCACGCUCACUGCGCCCUCACUUGCGUCCGGGAGCCUUGCGCUAAGAAAGCCACGCUGGCCAAAGUCGUGCCCACCCCGAACAACGGGUCGGUGGAGCUGGUGCCGCUGCACAGAGACCAGGGUGAGGACGGGCGGGAGGCUCUUUCCUUUGAGUUUCAGAAGAUCAAAUACUCGUAUGAGACAGACGGCAAGAAACAGUUUCUUCCUGUGGCUUUUCCCGUGGAACAUCCGCUGUGUUAUUACCAGAACGCCCGCGGGUACCAGGAGGACAAAGAAAUCCGAGCGGCCGAGAAGAAAUAUGGCACAAACAAGGCUGAGAUGGUGGUGCCGGAGUUCUUGGAACUGUUCAAAGAAAGAGCGACAGCUCCGUUCUUCGUCUUUCAGGUGUUCUGCGUGGGCCUGUGGUGCCUGGAUGAGUAUUGGUACUACAGCGUUUUCACCCUCUCCAUGCUGGUGGCGUUUGAAGCUUCUCUGGUCCAGCAACAAAUGAGGAACAUGUCGGAGAUCCGAAAAAUGGGCAACAAGCCGUAUAUGAUCCAGGUUUACAGGAACCGCAAGUGGCGCCCGAUUUCCAGUGAUGAGAUUAUUCCCGGGGACAUCGUUUCCAUUGGCCGGUCCCCCCAUGAAAACCUGGUGCCGUGCGACGUGCUGCUGCUGCGCGGGAGGUGCAUCGUGGACGAGGCGAUGCUGACGGGCGAGUCCGUGCCGCAGAUGAAGGAGCCCGUGGAGGAUCUGAAUCCCGAGCACGUCCUGGACAUGCAGACGGACUCCCGGUUACACAUCAUCUUCGGGGGAACCAAAGUGGUGCAGCACAUCCCUCCCCAGAAAGCCAGCACCGGCCUGAAACCCGUCGAUAACGGGUGCGUGGCGUACGCUCUGCGAACCGGCUUCAACACAUCCCAGGGGAAGCUGCUCCGUACCAUCCUCUUUGGGGUGAAGAGAGUGACGGCCAAUAACUUAGAGACCUUCAUUUUCAUCCUGUUCCUGCUGGUCUUCGCCGUGGCCGCUGCCGCCUACGUCUGGAUCGAAGGCACCAAGGAUCCCAGUAGGAACCGCUACAAGCUCUUCCUGGAGUGCACGUUAAUCCUGACGUCGGUCGUUCCCCCUGAGCUUCCCAUUGAGCUCUCGCUGGCCGUCAACACCUCCCUCAUCGCUUUGGCCAAGCUUUACGUGUACUGCACGGAGCCCUUCCGCAUCCCCUUUGCCGGCAAAGUGCAAGUUUGCUGUUUCGACAAAACCGGCACGUUAACCAGCGACCACCUCGUCGUGAGAGGAGUAGCCGGGCUCAGGGAUGGGAAGGAGGUGACGCCGGUGUCCGACAUUCCCGUGGAAACGCACCGAGCCAUCGCCACGUGCCACUCGCUGGUGCAGCUGGACGACGGGACGCUGGUGGGAGACCCCCUGGAGAAGGCCAUGCUGAUGGCCGUGGAUUGGACCCUAACCAAAGAUGAGAAAGUUUUCCCCAGAAGUAUUAAAACUCAGGGACUGAAAAUUCACCAGCGCUUUCAUUUUGCCAGUGCCCUGAAAAGAAUGUCUGUGCUGGCGUCGUACGAGAAGAUCGGCUCCACUGAGCUCUGUUACAUUGCAGCUGUGAAAGGGGCCCCGGAGACGCUGCACAAGAUGUUAUCUCAGUGCCCGAGCAACUAUCACGCCGUCCACACGGAAAUCUCACACGAGGGGGCGAGAGUGUUGGCCCUGGGCUACAAAGAGCUGGGACACCUCACUCACCAACAGGUGAGAGAGAUGAAGCGCGAAGCUCUGGAGUGCGACCUGAGGUUCGUGGGAUUCAUGGUGGUUUCCUGUCCUCUCAAAGCCGACUCCAAAUCCGUCAUCAGGGAGAUCCAGAACGCGUCGCACCGGGUAGUGAUGAUAACGGGAGACAAUCCGCUCACCGCCUGCCACGUGGCACGGGAGCUGCAUUUCCUCCAGAGGGAGCACACGCUGGUCCUGCAGCCUCCUGGGAGCGCAGGCUCCGGCUGGCAGUGGCGGUCGGUGGACGGCGCCGUGGCGCUGCCCGUCCUGCCGGCGUCCCCGCGAGAGCUGACGCAGCGCUACGACCUGUGCGUGACCGGCGAGGGGCUCGCGCACCUGCAGGCUCUGGACAAGCAGCGGCUGCUGCAGCUCAUCCCGCACGUCCAGGUGUUCGCACGGGUGGUGCCAAAGCAGAAGGAGUUCGUCAUCACGGCUCUGAAGAGCCUGGGCUACGUGACGCUCAUGUGCGGGGACGGCACCAACGACGUGGGGGCUCUGAAACACGCCGACGUGGGGGUGGCACUGCUGGCCAACGCCCCCGAGCGGCUCCCGGAGCGGAAGAAGCGGCCUCGGGACGGUGCCAGCGACGCCAGAUCCGCGUUGCCGAGCGCGGCGAGCGGCGCCGUCAAACCCACGUCCCGCGGCGCCAAGCACAGGGUCCUGUCCCAACGCGAGGAGCACUUGGCCAUCCAGAGGGAGCGCAUCAGCCAGGUCCUGAGGGAUCUGGAGGAGGAGCGCGUGCCGGUGGUGAAACUCGGCGACGCCAGCAUCGCCGCCCCCUUCACCUCCAAGCUCUCGUCCAUUCAGUGCAUCUGCCACGUCAUCAAGCAGGGCCGCUGCACGCUGGUGACGACGCUGCAGAUGUUCAAGAUCCUGGCGCUCAACGCGCUGAUCCUGGCCUACAGCCAGAGCGUGCUCUACCUGGAGGGCGUGAAGUUCAGCGACUUCCAGGCCACGCUGCAGGGGCUGCUCCUGGCCGGCUGCUUCCUCUUCAUCUCCCGCUCCAAGCCCUUGAAGACGCUUUCCAAGGAGCGGCCGCUGCCCAACAUCUUCAACCUGUACACGGUGCUGACGGUGCUGCUGCAGUUCCUGGUGCACUUCCUCAGCCUGGUGUUCCUGUACCGCGGCGCCCAGGCGCGCAGCGGCGCCAGGCAGGAGGAGUUUGUGGACCUGUACAAGGAGUUUGAGCCCAGCCUGGUCAACAGCACCGUCUACAUCAUGUCCAUGGCCAUGCAAAUGGCCACCUUCGCCAUCAACUACAAGGGCCACCCGUUCAUGGAGAGCCUGCGGGAGAACAAACCGCUGCUCUGGAGCAUCGGCCUGUCGGGACUCGCCAUCGUGGGGCUGCUCAGCGGCUCCUCCCCGGAGUUCAACGCGCAGUUCGGCCUGGUGGAAAUCCCCGCCGAGUUCAAGGUGGUGAUCACCGAGGUGCUCCUGGCCGACUUCUUCCUGGCUUUGCUGGUCGACCGGCUCCUCCAGCUCCUGCUGGGCAGCGCCAAACUCAAAGUGCCUUCGUGAGCCGGAUCCACGUCACCGCGACACCGGGGGCCGCGCUUCGCCGCCCCCAUCGUUCCGACACCAACCCACGGAACCCCCUCUGCAAACAACCCCUUUUAAACACUCCCGGGACGCCGCACGGGGGGUUUGUACCAAGGAAACGCGCAGAAUUUGGUAACUAAAGGGAGAAUCGCUGUGUUUUGAAA